UGUAGUGUGUGGAUUAAAAAAAUAAGUGCUCUGCGAAAAAAAACAAUUUCCUCAUGUUUUGCUCGGACCAAAAUGGUUAGAGAGACUAGGCAUUUGUGGGUUGGUAAUUUGCCCGACAACAUUCGCGAAGAUCGUAUUCGAGAACAUUUUAAACGUUAUGGCCGCGUACAAAGUGUUAAGAUACUCGCCCGUGGCUCGAGCAAAGAUUCCCUCAAUGAUCAUCACAGCAGUCCAGGAGGUUCAUCGAGUGGUGGUUCAACAGUGGGCACGACAAGUAAUUCUGGUGGUACCAAUAACAAUAUUGGCUGUGGCAAUCAAUCCAGUACUGGGAGCGGUGGAAUUACUUCGCAAAGUGGGGGGUUGGCGUGUACCGUGGCAUUUAUGGAUAUCAAAAGUGCAUCAAAAGCUCACACCGCAGAACACAAAUUGGAUGAUCGUACUUUGACCACUGAAUAUUAUGAACCAACAGCAAUUAUAUCAGCGGCAACACAACAAUCGGGCUGUUACUCCACAUCACCUGUCACCCAAAGGUUUCCUAAUAGUCAUGGAACAAAUGAAGAUCAUUCAAGUUUUGGUGAUCGCUUUUACGAGCGUACAAGCAGUACACGUGUAACUACAGAAUCAGAAUACUUACGCCGUCCAGGUUAUCAUGAAAGUCCACGAGGCCGGGCACGAGAUCGUUUAUAUCGAGGCAAUACUGGACCAUAUGCACCAUUAAUUGAUCGUCGUGCGACAACAUCAUGGAGUCAAAUCUAUGAUACGACAACAUCCUCAUCGACAGUUGGUGGAGUAGUCGGCAGUACCGUGAACAGUAGUCGUUAUUCAUCAUCGAAUAAUCAAAAUUCGUUAGGCUCCGUGAUUGUGCAAGAACCAUCUUCAAACAGUUAUUUAGAAACUUCUUCAACACGCGGAGGAAGUAAUGUUCUGGAAUCGUCCUUAAUAAGCUCAUCAUCAAUUCCAAAGAAAUUAAAUAAAAUUAAAUCACGCUCUGGUUCAGAAUCACCUUCAGGAAGUUUAUCAAGUCGAUCCCCAUCUCGAUCACGUUCAACGUCACCUUCAACAAGUAGUGCGACCUGCACAUCAUCUCGAGCAAGUUCAUCACCCGCAUGUUCACCGCAAAACUCAGUACAACCGCGUGGUGGAAUAAUUCGUACAAAUUGUGUAUCAAGCACUGUUCCCACAUCAUCAACCACCGUUCAACCUCCACCCCCUUUAUUACCUACACACUCCGAGGAUCGAAGACCGCUUGCAAUAUGUGUACGAAAUUUACCUGCUCGAAGUUCGGAUACAUCGUUAAAAGAUGGUCUUUUCCAUGAAUACAAGAAACAUGGGAAAGUUACUUGGGUGAAAGUUGUUGGUCAAAGUUCGGAUCGUUAUGCGUUAGUGUGCUUUAAAAAACCGGAUGAUGUAGAAAAAGCUUUAGAAGUGAGUUAUGAUAAACUGUUUUUUGGUUGUAAAAUUGAAGUGGCGCCGUAUCAAGGCUACGAUGUUGAUGAUAAUGAGUGCCGACCUUAUGAAGCCGAAUUGGAUGAAUAUCAUCCAAAGGCGACGCGUACAUUGUUUGUGGGUAAUUUAGAAAAAGAUAUAACGACAACAGAGUUACGUAAACAUUUCGAACAGUUCGGUGAUAUAAUCGAAGUGGAUAUUAAAAAACAAGGUGCAAAUAAUAUAAGUUCGUACGCGUUUUGCCAAUAUUCAGACAUAUGUAGUGUUGUUAAAGCGAUUCGUACAAUGGAUGGUGAACAUUUAGGUAAUAAUCGUAUAAAAUUAGGUUUUGGUAAAUCAAUGCCGACAAAUUGUGUUUGGUUGGAUAUCGGUGUAUCAGAGCCACAAAUUAGUGAUAAAUAUUUAACAUCACAAUUCCAUCAAUUUGGUACCAUUCAACAAGUGAUUAUUAAUCGUGAUUUAGGGCAUGCGCUUAUAUUUUAUGAUCAAAUACAAUCGGCACAAUCGGCAGUGAAAGAACGUCGGGGGUUUUUAUUGCGUGGGCGUAAAUUACAAAUUGAUUUUGCUAGUCGUGAAUGUCAGGAUGCAUUUUUUGAACAUUUAGAACAGAAAUCAUCUUCAUCACAUCAAAAUAGUACGUCUUCUUCAACGGAGCGGGUAUUGAAUAAUUGUUCAAGUAAUUCACUGGAUCGACAAACUUCCUCGUCGUCGGUGUAUGAAAAUAGUAAUUCUGCAGUGUCAUCAGUCACAUCAUCGAGGGCAGUGUUUGAUGGAAAUAAUGGUACAAAUGUUGUGCCCAAUUCGUCACGAUUUAGAUAUGAAACAUCAUCUUCGAGACCCCGAACAUCAUCAUACAGCCGUUCAUCCUCAGUAACAACAUCAUCGCAAUGCCCAAGUUCAGUAAUACCAUCACCUAGUACAGCAUCUUCACGUGUGCGCCUCUCAACAUCACGCUACACUACAAACGAUUAUUAUGAAUCCGGUACCGAGUAUUCCACAACCGAACGUCCAUCAUUUCGUAGUUACGAUGAAUUUAGUCAAGGUAGCACUGAAGAUUUAUAUGACCAUGAUACGCCAACCAUACAAAGUGUUGUUAUUGCAGCUGAACCAACAUCAUCCUCAGUCGUAACACAAACCCCAAGUACAAUGCCGUCAUUUCCCCCUCCAGAUAUACGGCAUUUACAAAAGGAGCGUGUUCAUUUAUUAGAACAAUUAGAAGAAUGUCCAAGCUCUGGUGAUGAGCAUAUUAGUCCAAAGAAACGUUUAAAAUUAGAUUUACACGAUAGUAAUUUGUUAAAUAACGAUACAGAAUUACUAUCAAAUCAUAAAAAUGAUGUACGUCGACUGUCAUCAGAUCAACCAAGUCAAACUUCACGACAUUGUAGCUUAAAUAGUCGACGACCUAGUGCAGAUAAUAGUGCACGACCAAUUGUUAAUAAUUAUAUGCCACAUGCAAUAUGUAAACGAAGGAAAACAGCUAGCAGUGGUCAUCAUCACCAUAGCACUAGUGACCAUCAUACAAUCACUACAACAACUGCACAUUCUGGAAGCGAGAGUAUAGAUGGGUCACGUCCUGGAACUCCUUUAUGUGACGAACGUCCAGAAAAUAUAAAUAUUGUACCAUGUGAACCUAGACGAUUUCGGGAACGAACGAAUGAUGGUCCGUUAAGUUUACCAUUACCGAAAUUCGCUGCCCAAUUUCGUUGUGGGUUCAAUAAAUCAACAACCUCAUCAUCAACAGCUAUAACUAGUCCACCGGUAUUAGCAUCAGUGAUUGCAACUCCAUUACCACCUCCAAGUCCUGUACAUGUACCCCCACCAGCUUCACCACCACCACGGCCUCCAUCACUAAGUUCAAAUUCAUCAGAUAGUGAUGCAGCACCAGCUAGUCCAUCGCUACCUUCGUUAGAUGAACGAAUCAAAUCAGUUGUCGAAAAAUAUGAAAAAUGGUCAGGUUCACGAUCACUAUCCACCACUGGAAGUGAUACUCUCGCGAAAAUUGAUGCGUCAAUAUCAGAGAAAUUUCGUUUUAGGCAUAAACUUUUGGAUGUAGAUCUAAAAGAAGUACCACCAUCAGAAAUUGUAAAAUCUGUGCUGGCGAAACGUAGUGUAUUUGAUGAGGAUUCAAAACGUUUGGAGAACUUUGGGGAGAAAUACGAACCAAAAGAAUUUGUUACAAGAGCAACGUCAUCUUCAACGCUUACUACUUCCACAACGACUAAUAGUACGUUGUUGAUACCCUCCAUUGGUAGUGCGGCAACGACAAUCCCAAUUAUAACCACAACAAUUUCAUCACCCGUAGUAAAUUCACCAGUUGUUGUUAGCGGUGGGAGUGUUGUAACAUCACUGAAAACAUUACCUGGAACUAGUCCAAAAUUACCACCAGCCAAAGGUUUACAGUAUCCAUUUCCAAGUCAUCCUCCAGCGAUACCAUUAACACCGACGACACCUGGAACACCUGGCACACCAGGUAUGUUACCACAAACACCGAUCUCAAGCGCUUCAAUUACAUGUACAGUGAUACCACCACCAGUAACAACUUCAGCGGCUUCAUCAUGUAGUGGAAGUGUUAUAAAUAGUGCAAGUGGAGGUGUGGGUCCAGUAGGUACAACUGUGACCUCAAGUGUUAGUAGAAAGACGAGUACAUCCUCUAGUGUUAGUGCUAUAAAUUCUAGUGAAUUGAGAACUAAUAAAACAGUUGUUCCUAAUAGAACUUUAUCGUCUACAUUAUCCACGUCCAAUGUGACUCCAAAAACAAAUAAAUUUAGUGAUAGUGAAUUUAAUAAAAACAUUCCUCAUUCCACGAAUACCCCCACCAUAUCACAAUCUAGCGAAGUGAUUACAGCAACAACAACAACAACAACAACAAUUUCCUCAAUAAGUUCCACAAGUUCCACAACAGCAACUCCAGUGACGUCGGUUUUAACGCCGAGUGUAAGUAGUAGUGUCACACCAAGUGUUUUAACGACGUCAAUGUCAAUAACAAACAAUAGUGACUUAGUGAAUCAUAAAACAAAAGUGAAUACAAGUAGUGGAGCAACAAGUGCUAGUGUUGGACUAAAUAAUUCUAGCCCUAGUUCAACAUCUCCACGUGAUUCAGUUACAACACCAUCAUCACGCGCAACGGUGGCGAAUUCGACGUCCACCAGUAGUAGUAGACAACGAGAUCGGCGUAGUUCUGAUAGUAAAAAACAUGUUGAGACAAAUAAUAAAGAUAGUGAUAUUGAGUGUGAUAGGUUAAAAAAGGAUAGUGAUAUUUGUGAUAAACUAAUUGAGGAUGUUGUAGAACAACGUGGACGAAAAGAUGAACAUCGUAAACGACGUGAAGAAUCAAAAGAUAUGGUGGAAGACAGUUCCAAGUUCAAUAAUGUGGACGUCAUCGCCAACAGCAAUAGUAAAAAAGCGACGCAUGAUGAUCGGAAAAAGGAUCAUAUUACAAGUAAUCAUAUUGGUUACGAUGAUCAUAAAAUUAAUCGACAUCAUAAUCGUGAUUCGAACUAUGAAAAAAUCGAGAAAACACAUGAAGUAACAUUAUCAUCUACUUCGUCUACAUCAUCGAAUUCAUCAUCUUCCUCGAGGAGUAAAGAUGUUGAACGCACUAAUCAUGAUAGACGAAACGAUACUAAAACACAUCCAAGUGCUGGCAGUGAUGUUGUACCAAAUGAUGUAACAACCACUGCUUCCACAACAAUUCCCACGACGACAACAACGUCAUCUACAAAAGCACAAAAUCGUCAUCAUCAUCAUAACAACAUAGACGAUGUACGACAUAAAGAUGCAAAUACUACUAAUAAUAGCAACAAUAAUAAUACAAUAAGUAAGAAAGAGAAAGAAAAAGAAAAAGAAAAGGAAAAUAAAGAAAAAGAAGUAACAAAAACAAGUAUACCAGAUCGACAAUCAUCGACAGAAAGUCGACAUUUAUCGAUUGAUUCAGAUAAAUCCACAUCAAAUCAUCGGCAUUUAUCCAUUGAUUCCGAUAAAUCGACUUCAUCGUCAAAGGAUAAACAAAAAGAACGUACAAAAGAACGGAAUAACAGUUCUCCAAGUUCGAUAGGUUUAAAACGCCGAUUUAGUUCUUCUCAAGAUAAUAUUCCCGCAAUAGAGGAUAACGAAGCGAAACGAUUGAAAACAUCUCAAUCAGAUCACAAAAGAGUUGGUAAUGACCGUCGUGAUUCUAAAGAUAGUACGAGAUCUUCAGGAGUCGCUGGCAGUGAUCGGUCGCAAAAGCAUAGUAGUAGCAAUAAACAUCAGACAAAAAAUAAUUUCACUAAAAUGUUAGAAGAUAAAAUUCGGGAAGAAAAACGUUCGAAAGAAACUUCCUCAGAAGUUGCAAAAGAACGUGAAGUUACAAAAGAACGUGAAGUUGUAAAAGAACGUGAAGUUGCAAAAGAACGUGAAGUUGCAAAAGAACGUGAAGUUGCAAAAGAACGUGAAGUUGCAAAAGAACGUGAAGUUGCAAAAGAACGAGAAGUUGCAAAAGAACGUGAAGUUACAAAAGAACGUGAAGGUACAAAAGAACGUGAAGUUGCGAAAGAACGUGAAGUGGCGAAAGAACGUGAAGUGGCGAAAGAACGUGAAGUUGCGAAAGAUCGUGAAGUUACGAAAGAACGUAGUGAAAUUAAACGUGAGAAAUUAGAAAAACAAAGAUCGUCAGAUUCAUCUUCUUCAAAACAUGGAAAAGUUAAGAAUAAAGUCAAAGAAAACAGUAAUCGAGAAUCACCUACAACACCUUCAACACCUAAAUCGACAUCAUCCACAAAGGAAUUAUCAGCAAUGGAUAAAGAAUUCUUAAAUCGCCUGGAAUUAAAAUCAACUUCCACGACGAAUGGAGAAAGUGAGGACAAACAGCGGCGAAAAGAAAAGCGUAAUUCAACACCAAAUGAACAACAACAGCCUACUACUCCAUCUCAACCGACGACACCAUCUUCGGAGCAACAUCAUCGCAAAAAUUCGAUAGAUGAGUCAGCAAAAACUGUUGUUGAUGAAGUUAAAAAACAGUCAACACCAUCUUCAACCAUGCGGAUUGAGAAACAUGAACAACACCGUAAAGGCAGUCGAGAUGAGUCAUCAUCAACGCCGAAAACACCCGAUUCUGAGCAACAACAACAGCAACGACGAGCAGCUAAAAAAGAAGAACGUCGUUUGCGAAAAAUUAACACAAACAGUUCCGAUACAACUGAUUCCGAUGAACCGAAAAAACAUUCGAUUUUCGAUAUCGAAGUGGAACCUGCAUACAUAUCAAUGUAUGAUAAAGUUAAAGCUCGAUCAUGUAAAAAUAUGCAAAAACAGGAGGAAGAAAAACGGCAGGAGAAAAUUAAGGCGAAAUUCAGUCAACUUAAACAAAGUCGAGCAAAACGGGAAGAGAAGAAACGGUCUACGUCAUGGGAUGAAGAUUCUGAUUCGGAUCAACAACAUGAACAUCAUCGAAGUGGUUCUGGAAGUCAGAAACAAUCUUCUUCUUCAUCGUCGCAUAGACGUGGCAAUAAAUUAAUGAUCACUAGCUCCUCUGAAGAUGAAAACCAACAAUCACAAGAGACACAAUCCGAACAUCAUCAUCGGAAUAAAAAACAUAGUAAAAAAUACUCUGAUUCUGAUAAUUCCUCUCGAAUUAUGGAAAAUAAUAAACAUCAUCGUCAUCACCAAGAUAACACAUCCGACGAUGAUGACUUCAGUGCAAAUCGUGCUAAAAUUUCAGUUUCGUCGAGAAAAAGCUCAAAAUCUCGCAUACAUUCGGAUACUUCCGAUUGUGAUAUAAAAGAUAAUAAAAUGAAAUUAGAACAAUUUUCAGAUAGUGAGAUGGAACAUCAUCUUCGUGGACCUGAAGAAGAUGCUAAGUAUGUUAAGAAAGAAGAACCUGAAGAGGAUGUUAAGUAUAUUAAAAAAGAGAAUAAACGUUUAUCACUUGAAUCAUCCGAUGAUGAAAUGAUGAACUGUGUUAAACAAGAACCAGAAAUUGAAAAUCAUAAAUACGAUUACCAUCAUCGAUUAUCGUUACUAUGUGAUGCCUCUUCUGAAGGUGAAACUACCAUACUACACCAAGAGAAGAAUAAUACAAAAUCUGAGAGUCGUAAAAAGCAUAAAAAGAAACAAAAACGGCAAAAGAAUAGUUCCUCAGAAAAUGAACAACAAAUCAACACGUCGUCGAUGACGAUAUCCACACCACAACAAGACUCAAAAGAUUCAAAAGAUACGAUUCGUGAGAAUCAUAUCGAUGAAAUACCACGACAUCAUCACCAUAGUUUAGAAGAUGGCGAAGAUAAGCGUAAGAAACAUAAUAAAAAAGAAAAGAAACGUGAUAAAUUAAAAAUUGAAGAACGUAGUUCUAAAGAUAAAAUUAAAAAAUCUAAGAAAUCAAUCAAAAUAGAUGGAAUUAAAUCAUCAGAUUUGACAACGAUCACUGCGGCGUCAAUUAAACGUGAUGAGAAAAUGCAAGAUAUAUUUGGACCAUUUUCAGAUGAUUCAGAAAAUGGUGGACAAAAAGAUUUUACGAAUAUUACAUCACCUCCUCCUUCAGUGGAAAGUAUUGAGAAACCUGUUGUUAAUUCAUACUAUGCAACCACACCUUCUACACCAAGUGUUCCUGGAAGUGGACAUCAUCAUCAUAAUAAGCUUUCGGUAUCGAAUGUAUAUGGAAGUGAUUCGGAUAGUAUAUCAAAUAUUGAAAAGACUGCACCAAGUGCACCCGAAGAAGACACCGAUAAACAAUCACGAGUUGAUACAAAACGUGACAAAGAGGAAAGUUUACGUAAACAACAACGUAAGGAAAAGAAACGCAAAGAAAAAGAACAAAAACGAACUGCUGCGGCUAUAGUUCGUGAGGAAAAUGAAAAUAGUGUAGAUCUAGCUGAAGCUGGCCGAGCACUGGAAGCCAAAUUAUUAGAUGAUUCAAUCGAUGAUGAAGACAUUACUGAAAAACCUGAAGAUGAGAAAAAAUUACCUGUAGAAGAAGAGAAAAAGGUGGAAAGUAAUCAUAUUGAGGAACAAAAACCGUCUGCAACAAGUGGUGAUGUAUUUCGUUUUACUGAUGGUGACGAGAGUCAAGAACCUCGAAAUGAAAUCAAAAAAGAGGUUAAAGAAAAGAAAAAGAAACGUAAGAAGAGUAAAGAGGAGAAACAUAAAAAAGAGCAUCAUCAUCAUCAUCGACAUUACGAAAAUCAUCAUCGUGGAGAUAGUGAACAUAAAGAAAUCGAAAAAGUCGAUACCUCAUUAAUUCUAACUCGCGAAACACCCGAGGAGGAAUUAUCAGUCAAAGAAGAACUAUCAAUUGAAACGAAUUUUGUUGAUGAAAUUAAACAAGAUAUUAUUGAAUCACCAACUCGUGUUGAUGAGGAUAUCCAUGAACAUGGUUUGCCAAGUUUAUUAGAUGUAUCAAGUCCAAAAUCAUCUGACAACAAACUUUUAUCACCACCUCCAAGGCCCCCAAGUAUCGUGGAAUCGUUAAUUAGUCCCAUACCGAAAACUCCAUCAAAAUCGACAACUUCUGAGAAAAAGAAAUUCAUUCCAGGUUUUGGGGUUGAUAUUGAUGAGACUAUUCAUGAGAAUGCUAUCAAAUCAAUUUCCACAGAAUUUGUUGAUUCAGUACCAAAUGAGCCCAUUAUUAAUAGUGUGACAGAUCAUGAAGAUGAUCUAAAAACUUCAUCUGUGGAUGAAGACGUGAAGAAAGUUGAUGAAACAUCUGUUGAAGAUAAUAAACCUCCGCGUGUGGUUAUCUCUCAAGAAGAGACCGAAGAUGCUGUUGCUGCAUUGUUAGGUGAAAGCUUCGGCGGUGAUCAAAAUGAAUUUGAUACAUUUGAUGACGUCCAAUCGCCUGGACAUCUUCAUGAAAGUGAAAUCGUUGAAGAAGAACAUCCUGUACCACCGGAGGAUGACGAGGAUGAUGAAGAAAUGCGACAAGCUGUACAAAGUUUGAGCACAACUGAUGUAAAUACCGAAGAAGUAAAACCAGAUACUCCACUUUCUGAACACGAUUUGCAAAUCGAUACAGAUACCGAUAAUGAGGAGACAGUUACCUCAACAGUCACUACAACUACCGCAGCAUUAACAACCACAACAUCAUGCUCACCGACAGUGACAGUCACAUCUACAUACUCACCCAAGACACCAGAGAUGGUUGAUUAUUCCCAACCUCCGAAAACACCAGAUGUGGCACCGACAUAUUUAUUAAAUGAUACAAAAGAUUCAACAACGAUACCAUCUUCUGAAGCUACACUUGUUCCACCACCUCCAUUGCUUGUGAAAACUGAAAAACAAAUAGUACCUGAAAAUAUACAACAACCGUCCGUAAUUUCAAAGCCAUGGAUUUUGGAACAAUCCGCGACGCCGUCAAAUAAACCAACAAUUCCAACACUUCAACCAAAUAUUAUCAAAUUCAAUGACACAUCGUCCAUCGUAGUGACAUCGAUACAAACUAGUGUCAUUGCAACCCAAAAACCAAUUAUUACAAAUGUAACACGAGUUGUAGGCUAUGCAGUUGCGACAACUCAACCACAACUAUUAUCACCAAUUAAAAUCACCGAUGGUGGAAAAUCAUCUUCAGUCACACCUAGUGCAGUGUUUGUAACAAAAGAACAAUCACCAAUACGUGUAACACAAUCGAUAACAUCACCAAAACCUACAAUUGUACAACAACCGGCGAUAAAUUUAUUAACGACGGUAAAUCGAUUACCAAUUACACCAGUUCUUGCACCUAUUUCAAAAUCUGUACCAAAUGUAUUGUCAAUACCAUCACAAACGAUACCAGCAAAUUUACCAAAAUUAGUGCCAGUAGCAACGACUACGACAACUUCGUCAGAGUCACUACAAACAUCCCAACCUCAACAAAUUCGUACAAUUUAUACACAAAAUCAAAAUUUACAUUUUGGUACUGUGGCAUAUCCAUCAUCGCAAACUAUACGAUUUAUGACACAAAAAGUGACGGCGUCACCAGCAGUUGUUGCUACAGCUCGAUUUACACCAACAUCAAUUGAUGGAAAAGCUAUCGUCACGACAAUACCAACAUCGGCACUUCCGCCAACACUUGUACAAACUAAAUCAAUACCUGUUGAAUCUAAAUCGGUUAUAGAAUCAUCGAUCAAGAAAACUGAAUCAUCAAAUGUUGUUUUACCUGUUUCAUCGACACCAGCACCAAAGGUUGAUGAUUCUACACCAAAUGAUAUUAUUACGACAAUCAAAUCACAAACACCAGUUGCAACGACAAAUCUUUUAGUUGUAACGACAAAUGUGACACCAACAGUUCCUCCAGUCGUUGAGAAACCUGCAGAAAACGUUAAUGAAACACUUGCAGUAACUUCACCAAGUCCUGUAAUAAUAGCACCAAAAGAGAAAGUUCCAACACCACCUCCAACGAUAGUCACACCUCCUAAAGUUGAAGAAAUUCGUCCAAUCGAAACUAAAUCACCCGAAAUUAAAUUAUCAGCGAUUGAAAUUGCUGCUAAAGAAUUAAAUAUACAAUUAAAGAAAGAAAAGGAAGAAGAGGAACUUGUUAAAUUAGAAAAGGAUCAACAACAACCACCGAUUAUCAGUGAAUUAAAACAGGAUAUACUAAGCGCUAAAUUAGAAACAGAUACAAAAUUAUCUUUGGCAGACAAUUUCAGUGAAAUCCAAGAUACGUUUAAGGCGGAAACAUCUGCGCCGAUUACCACGGAAAAUGUAUCUGUUAUUAAGGAAAUGGAUAUUCCUCGAUACGAUGAUGAUAAAACUGAAGAUACAGAAAGUGGUAUUUCUGAUAUGAGUAAAGAAAAUAUGCGAUUAAGUGCUGAUAUAUUAGAAAAUAAGGAUGACCCACUUGAUUCGAAGGAAGAUAGUGAUUAUUGGUCAGCGAAAGAAGUUAAUAUUGAGAGUGUGAUUAAAACAAUUGAUGCAUCAUGUUCAGCGGAUGAAUUGUCUGAAGGCAGUGAAGUUGGCAAAGAGGAUUGGUAUGAAAAUGAGAACAAAUCCACAGAAUCUGAUAUCAAAUCUGAUAAAUCUUUAUCAACAUGCGGCGAUAAUUUGGACAAACACGAUACAAAUACCUUCCAAGAAGAUUAUCAAACAAAAUUCAAUUCAGAUCCAGAUCAUGAACAUGAUUUAGACAAUGAAUCCGAACAAUAUGAUGAAGGCAUAGAUAAUUGUAUAAUUAACGAUGAACGUGAAACAAGUGGUCGAAUCAGUCGUCGAGGUGGACGUAUGCGCGGUCGCAAAUCUCAAGCAACAAAGAGUGUUGAUCGAGGCACAAUUCAACAGCAACAACUUGGCGUACAAACUCGACGUGCUGGACGUAAAGAAGUGUUAAGUGUACCUCCACGUGGUUCCACAACCUCAGUAACACGUGGUAUAACUACACGAGGUACUGUACAAACACGAGGUGCAAAACCUGAACGUAAAAUAAAACGUGACGAAAAUGAUAUUUUAUCGUCGGAUGUUUACGAGUUUCGUGAUGAAUCUGAUGAGAGUAAAAAUCAUCCUCGCCUAAUUAUGACCAUCAAAUCCUCGUGUGGUAAUAUUACGAAUACAACACCAACAGUAGUCGUAAAAGAAACACCACAACCGGCUUUAAGUGUACAAAGUCCAAAUAAAAUGAAGACCAAUCAAGAGUUUGUAUCACCAGGUCCAAAUACACGUAAAUCUGCUCGAUUACAAGAGCGAGAUAUUUCUAAAAAUUCCGUUGAUGAUACCAUCGAAGAUGUGGUUCGUAAUAUGGUCACACGAUCCGGUUUACAAAUUAAUCCAGACAAUAGUCCACGUCGAACGACUAGACAAGUUAGUAAGACAACUGGUCCCACAGUACAGAAUAUUAUUGUAGCUACAGAGGUAAAGAAAGUUGGUACGGGAGUUGGUGGCCGGGGUAAGAAAGGUGUUAAAGAUCGUCGAGCAUCAGAUGCGGGAACUACUGACGAUUCAAGUGAAGAAACAAAAUCAACCAAGAAAGAUGAGGAACCCAAAAUUGAGAGUCCAAAACCACAAAUUGUUGUACAAAAUAAAAUUGCUACACCAACUACAGUUAAUGUUAAGCCGGCUGAAGAAGAAAAACCUGUGGUCCAACUGCAACCUGUACAACAAAGGCAAGAUAUUCCGCCCAUAGCGUUAGGACGUAAAGCGGCAAUGCUACGACGUCUUCAAAGUGAAAAAACUAAUGAAGAACCUCAAACAUUAAUCGAUCCUGUCACUGGGCAUUUAAUGAUUAUGAAAGAAAGUUCUGAGGGACAAUAUGUUACGAUAUCUACAAUAUCUAAUUCCUCCGCACCUAUCACAUCUGUUACGCAAUCAAUAGCUGCUGUAUCAACACCUCCAUCAGUUGUGGUUUCAACACAAGUAGUAACAACAUCCCCAGUAGUACGUGGGCCUGUGUUACCACCAAAACCACCUCAAAUCAUUGUCCAACAGAAGGAAGUUGUUCAACAACAACCAAUUAUUCAUCAUAAUACGGUGAUUACAUCCCAACAACAACAAAUUAUAACCUCAACUCCGCAAGUAGUUCAUUCAAAACCUCCACAGUCACUGAAAGCGCAUGUGUUAUCUUCACAAGCUGCAAAAACAGCUAUCAGUCAAUUACAAUCAUUCCAAAGUCCGCUAAAUCAAUCGCAACCAAUACAAAAACAACCUACAAUUGUUCAGCAACAAAUAAAUCCUGUUGUUAUGCCUUCACAAUCACCAGGCAUUGGUAGCCUUGGGGUAGGCCCACAACAGCCACCACAACAAUUUAUAAUAAAAACAACGGCGCCGACUCCAAUUAAUCAAAAUUUGAAUGUAAACGUAUCGUUAUCGAAUACUCCUGGUGGUGCGGUUACGUUGAAUUUAUCACCACGUAUGAACAUUGUUCAACAUAAUAUGCAACAACAGCAGAAAAUGCCACCAAUGUCUCCUGUGGGAAUACAAAAUCCUAAACAACAUUUGUUACAAGCGGUUAAUAAACAACAACAAUCGCAGCAACAACCGCAACUAUCACAACUAUCACCGGCACCUAGUGUUGUGCCCAAUAUGACAUCGAAACCGAUGUUGUCAAUUGCUUUGCUGAACGCGUCCCAACAACAAUCGCAACAACAGCAACAAGUCCAACAGCCACAAGGACUGACUGUAUCGUCACCGUCUGCACCAAUUCAGCUCGUAAAGUCGUCACACGUUGUUAUGCAACAAAAUCAACUAAUGAAUGCACCACCUCCAAGUCCAGCCGCUGUUGUUAUGGGUAAUGUGGCAGGUACUACAUUGCAAGGAAAACCAAUAUUAAUGGGGCAAAGUCCUCCGUUAUCGUUGCCUGCAGCGAAACCGCCACAUGGAUUACAUCCACAACAUCCUCAACAAAUUAUGACGGGUGCUGUGGCAAGUCCGCCAUUGAAACAGCAUAUGAUGGCGCAACAACCAAUUGUAACUGGCGCAAGCAGUGGGCGUAUAUUGGUCCAAAGUCCGGCAGUAUUGAAAGGUGCAAUUGACGCGUCCAAAUUGGAUUCAGCAACAUUAUCAGCAGCUGGAGGCUGUGUCUUAGUAGCACAUCCAUCGGCAUCUCCGCAAGCUCGUGGUCAGGCUCUUCAACCUGAUAUGCCGAUACCAGCAUAUGACAAUGCAAGCUUGCAUGGAGUAUCCGAUCGAAGUACUGCUUUUUCACGUUCACGUCAGCCGAGCCCACCUCCAGCUCAUCAACAAAUGUCACCUGCGACUCAGGGUGAAACACUAGCUCAUCUUGUUCCCCCGCAUCCGUAUAUGUCAUCACAUGUGUACCAACAAUAUCUUCGUACACAGCCACGCCCUUAUCAAUUAUCUAGAUCACCUCAUAUUAUUAGCGGAUUAGAAAAACCAGGUCUCGAUGGACAAGAAGGUGAAGAGGCCCCAGUGACAUCACCACCUCCAUUAGAAUUACGUCGUCCAGCUUCUGGAGGACAAACACCUUUUGGUCGACCUCCAUCAGCAGCUGGGCUACGCACAACCGUUGUACCACAUGGCUUACAAUCUCCACAUGGAAUGCAAUCAUCGUUAGACCGUGCAACUGACUCACCACAAGUCGCGCCUGUCUAUAUGACAUGUAAUCGUAUGUUACAUUAUGGAGCUGCUCCAGGAACUGGUGCUAGAACUUAUUAUGAGCCAGGACCAGGUGAACCACCGCCAGCACAUAGAGCUCAUUCUGCUGGACCUCCACCAUUGUCUGGCGUUGCUGCACAUGCUGGAACUGCCAAUUAUUUAAAUUGUCCACCAUCAAUGAUUGGAAUGCCGCCACAGAGUAUGCUUGUUCGGCAUCAAACAGAUCCAGAGACUAUUCAUCGUACAAUUCAUCUAACAACACCACCUCAUAUUGGACAGGUCGAUUCAUUAUACGCAAGAUUGAAGGAUUAUCCAAUUUUAUGGCAAGGAUUAUUAGCAUUAAAGAAUGAUACAGCGGCUGUACAAAUGUAUUAUGUGUUUGGCAAUCGAAAAGUAGCCGAAGAUAGUUUACCAGUAAAUGCAGACGGUACAACGCCACCAUUACGUAUCGCACAACGGAUGCGUUUAGAUAAAGUACAAAUUGAUGGGGUGGCCAGAAAGUUAGGCGAGGAAAAAGAGCAUUGUAUGUUGUUAGCAUUGCCAUGCGGAAAAGAUAGUGACGAUGUCGUAAAACAAUCAAAUAAUUUAACAAGUGGAUUUAUCAAAUAUUUACAAGAAAAACAAGCUGCUGGUAUUGUGAAUAUUGCUGCUCCGGGUACCUCUCAACAAGCUGCAUUCGUAAUACACAUGUUCCCGUCAUGCGGCUUUGCCAACGAUUAUUUACAACGGACAGCACCACAACUAUUUAGUCGCGUGAAUAACUUUGCUCAUCUAAUAAUAAUAAUCGCAACAGUUUAAAAUAAAAAUAAAAAGCAAUCCUUGAAAAAGGUUUGAAGGUAUUUAAAAAAUCUGAUAAAAAUUACGAAGUAAAAGCUAGUGGCAAUUUAAAAAGCCCUUUGUUCAUUUUUUUUACUUUCGAAUUUAAAUAUAAAACUAAGACAAAUAUGAGAAAAGAGAUUUUCUAAUCUUUUUUCCAAAAUAACCGAAUUUGACCUAAUUUUUACUCUGAAAAAGUAUGAAACUUUUCCAGUUGUAAUUCCAUAAAAAUAAAGAAAUUUAAUUCUCAAUUGCGUCCAUAUAUUUACCGAUUAUGAAACUACAAAAA